GAGGGAGAGAGAGAGAGGGAGCGAUAGAGCGAGAGAGAGAGAGUGUGAGAGGGAGCGAUAGAGAGAGAGAGACAGAGAGAGAGAGAGAGAGAGAGAGAGACAGUUUAUCCAAAGAGGCUGUGUUAACAGUGAUCUCUGAGCGCGCGGGAUUAGUAGGCUCUGCGUUGUGUCUGAAGUGGGAUGCUGAUGGCUCGCGGAGAUCUGGCUGCUGUUUCUGAGCGGAGAUGGACACAAAGCAACACAGGAGGCACUGCUGGACUCAAGUAAGGCACAUUUCUACUCUGUUCCUCUUGUGAAGCUCCAAAGGCUGCGGAGCCCCGUCAUGACAGCAGCCCAGAAGAUGCUCGUUUUCUGCUGCAUCUGAAUAAUGAGCAGACCAGACUGACCACUUAGAUCUGAAUGCUGUUUUAGGGAGUCAUACAUGAAACGCAAGCAGCCAGAUAUAGCUGUGGUCUUUUUUGCCUGAUUGUCUGUAUGACUAGAGCAGAGGAUGCAGGCAUGGACAUGAGAAUUGUGACUACAGCCGAAGAAGAGUCUGACCUGGUUGAACAAGCAUAAUAUUCACAGAUACAGUAGUGAUCUUUAUUUAUAUAGCAUUUUUAUUGUAGUGACAGAAUCUCAAAAGCACUUUACACAGCAAAACGUUGGAAAGAUUACAGUUUAAAUGACAUAUAAGCUCUAUUACAAGCUGCCGUGAACCAAGCAGUGGGGCACACUCAUAUAUAGAUGAAUCACGGUGACGCUCGACGAUAAAACAAGCCAGUGUGAGGUCUGCCACAGCCAUUGGAGCACAUCUGCCAAAGCAGAGACCAUCUGAGGAAGACUGACAGAAGGAAAUGGUUCCUGGAACAGCAGCAGCUAUGCUUCCAGCUUCAGAGGCAGCCAAGAUCUACCAGACCAAUUACGUGAGGAACUCUCGUGCCAUCGGUGUGCUGUGGGCCAUCUUCACCAUUCUGUUCGCCAUAGUCAACGUGGUGUGCUUCAUCCAGCCCUACUGGAUCGGAGACGGAGUGGACACUCCACAGGCCGGCUAUUUCGGCCUCUUCCACUACUGUAUUGGAAACGGAUUGUCGCGGGACUUGAAGUGCCAAGGCAGCUUCACCAACUUCAGCUCCAUCCCGUCAGGUGCCUUCAAAGCCGCCUCCUUCUUCAUCGGCACCUCCAUGGUGCUGGUGCUGACCUGCAUCGGCUGCUUCGCCCUCUUCUUCUUCUGCAGCACAGCCACAGUCUACAAAAUCUGCGGCUGGAUGCAGCUGGCGGCAGGCACGUGUCUGGUGCUGGGUUGUCUGAUCUACCCUGAUGGCUGGGACGCAGAUGAAGUGAAGCGGAUGUGUGGAGAGCAGACGGAUAAAUACACCAUUGGAGCAUGCUCAGUGCGCUGGGCCUACAUCUUGGCCAUCAUGGGCAUCAUGGAUGCUCUCAUCCUGUCUUUCCUCGCUUUCGUCCUUGGCAACCGACAGGAUGGCCUCAUGGGAGAGGAGCUGCUAGGAGACAAGAGUGGGAAUGCAUAGAUGGCUGAGCUGGAGCAGGUUUAUUUUGCCCAGUGAAGGAAACCAAGUUAUGAGAUGUUAUCAUCCAGCUUUUUCCCCGUCAUCCUAUGGGUGUGCGGCCUGUCUACUGGAGUUUGGGAUGAAGUGAAGGAUGAAAAAAGAGGUCAAUGAAGCCCAUUUCUGCCCAUACCAACCCUUCUAAAAAGAAAAAGAAAGGAUUUUAUCCAAAUGCCUCCGGCCGCUCGUUCAAGUGCAGCUGUACUGACUGGACAAGGCAGCUAAUUCAGUUUUCAGAAUGGAGGAAUAAAAAAGAGGGUUGGUUUAGGCAUUUCACCAUCUGUUUGUCUUAAGUCACUUACAUUCAGUAUUUACUUUCUCCCUCUGUCACACACAGCCAGAUACACACAGAAAGCAUUCACCUAGGACCUAAUUACCACUGAACUGAAUACAUAAAGUAUGUGUCCUUUGGAGUUCUUUAAUAUUACUCAACUGAACUGUAUGCUAGAGUCAAAGCCAAGUAUACUCACAACUGUAAACUUGAACUACAAGGCUGUAGCUUCAGCUCUAAGCUGCUCUUUGGAUAUUUUCCUGGCCUGUUUGGACUGUCCUCUCGGAUAUCACAGCGUCCACAGUGUUUAAAACCAAGCGAGGGUGCCAAUACUAGUGUUGAAAUCAAAUUUAUGACCAUAAAGGAGGAGAAAACGUCAGGAUGUUCAACUGGGUACCAAUGGAUCUGACCCUGAGACGCUGCUUUAAAUGAGUGUACAAUGACAAAGGAGAAAAAAUGCAUAUAAAUAUACAUAUUUAUACAUAAA